AUGUACAGCUUUAUGGGUGGAGGGUUGUUCUGUGCAGGCGUGGGGAACAUCCUCCUGAUUGUUUCCACAGCAACCGAUUACUGGAUUCAGUAUCGGCAGUCCAGCAACUACAUGCACCAGGGUCUGUGGCGGUACUGUAUGCCGGGGAAAUGCUUCCCACACAACGUCAGCAUUGCCCACUUAGACGCCACCCGUGCCCUCAUGAUCCUCUCUCUUUUGGCUUGUUUCAUUGGUAUCAUCAUUGGCAUUAUGGCCUUCAUCCAUUACUCCUCCUUCGACAGGUUUGACAAAACCUUUGCUGCAGGCAUAAUGUUUUUCAUCUCAUGCUUUUUAGUGUUUCUAGCAAUGGCAGUGUACACUGGUGUGACUAUUCACUACUAUGGGAAACGCUAUGGAAACUGGAGGUUCUCCUGGUCCUAUAUCAUUGGCUGGGUGUCAGUGGUGCUCACGUUCUUUUCAGGUGUAUUCUAUAUGUGUGCCUAUCGGAUGCAUGAAUGCCCCAGGAACGCUAACUCUCAUUAG